AUGCUCACGCGGUUACGCACCCGCGCCCUCGCAAGAUCGAAUGCUCGCUGGGAUAUUCUACUCGAGGUAACUUUCAUCAUGCACAUGGUGCAGGAUAAUUUGGGCCGCCCACAUCCUCGUCAUACCCGCAUUGGGAACAUCCUCCUCGCCAUGGAGCAGUAUAUGGAGGAGCAACACGACGAGCGAAUUGCUUCAGCAAUCUGGGACGAUACUAGGGACUUCGAGUUAAAUUGA